CUAGGGGUCCAGUGUUCAUUCCGAUGUUGCCGAUUGAUCAUAACAAUUUCUUAGACAUCAGUUAAAACGCGAAAAAAAAAACCAUAACCGUAGUGCAAUACUUUGAUUUACCUUAAACUACACACUAUCGUGUAGCGUCAUUCGUAAUAGACAUGCCGUUUUUUAAGGACGACCCACUGAACGUGAAGUACAAGUACGCGGCCAGCCGUGUGCUCUACGACGACGAAGAAGCCCAGGACAAUAGCAGCCUAGACAGCGACGAGGACGACGGUCCCACGGCCUGGGACGCGGAAAACGCGGGCAACAGCGACACAGACAGCGUAGGCUACAGCGGCGGCAGCAGCUCUAAUGGUUCCAAGUCGGAAUACCGUGGAGAGUACGGCGACGGUUCCACGGCCUGGGACACGGAGAUGGCGGGCAACAGCGACACGGGCAGUGGCAGCGGCAGCGGCUCUAGCAGCAGUGGUUCCAAGUCGGUAGACUCCACGGGCAAAGGCAAGGGCAAGGAACGCGGCGCGGGCCGGGGCAAGUGGUUCAAGAAAUUGCGGAUGAUCUUCGACGGGCUGCAGCUGGACGAGAAAAAGGAGAAACCGAGAAAAAAGGUCAAGUCCAUCCUCCGGCCACCCGUCCGUUUCACUUACGUUACCGGCAUGUCUGGCAUCACGUCCAGAGUACCCGUCUUCAAAAUGUGAGCUCGGCCUGCUGUUCUAUCGCCUCUUCUUUGGAACACUAUCGGACCUCGACUAUCAGUUAAAUACCGCCAUUGCUUUUUUCACGAACACAUAGUUCGUUAUAUACCAUUUGACAUUUCGUAACAGUUUUAAGAAUCAUUAUAAUUUCAACAAAAGUAUCGUGAAUUAUUCAGUAAUAUAAACGUUUUAAUUGAUAAUGCCCUUUCAAGUGAGUACAUUAAACUCUGAAUUAAAUAUAUAGAGAGAUUUUUAGUACUGAAGAAUAAAAAUUAU